GGACAAACACAAUCCAUUAUUAUGUUUACGAAAGGUUUAUCAUACUUGUACCCGUUUGCAAGAACGGAGACCAACUGUUACUUUAGUGUCAGGGAUUUUUCUACUUAAUUGUUAAAAUUAAAUAAGAGGCAAUGAUAAGGUUGCUGAUUGCAGCAACUCUUGCUGUAACCACAACAGCAGAACCAUAUGGCCUUCCGUACGGUUAUGGUCCAGGUUACUUCCACGCUUUGCCCCAGUCAUCUCCUGUGAUUAUCAGUGCUCCAUCUCCACCACUUCCACAACCACUGCCCCUACCACCUGUUAUUAUUGAUCAGGUGGUGGAGGCCCCUGUCUUUGUGCCUGGCCCCCCAUUACCAGGACCUCCUGCACCCCCCUUGGGAGUCCGCUGUACCCCUUGCACCGGUCCUGACUGCUGUGAACUCUGCCCUGAGAGAACUUGUGCUGUUGCAGAGGACAUGUCUCUUUUAGAGUUGGCUUUGAAUCCGUUCUUCUACGUCCAGUACGUGGAGGACUGUCAGCAGUCCAGGUACCUGGACAAUGUAUGUUUCCUAUUUGUGCCACUGCUAGACCUCUCUUCACUAUUCACAUUUGGCCAGGUCAUCACAUACCAAGAUGGUACUGUGGAGCAGAGACAGUAUCAGAUAGAGUGUGUGGAUGAUGCAUUCCAGUUUACUGCCAUCGGUUCUGGAUGUAAGUUCAAGUUUGAAAUAAUCUACGCAGAUAUUCUAUGUGGUGUGUACGUCAUGCAGAGGUGUUUUGAAAACUCUUGCUGCCAAGUUGACAGUGGACCCAUACAGAUUGUCUCCAAUUUGCUUCCAGCAUCUGGGCAGUGUAUAAGUGAUGCAUUAGAAUAUGUCAAGAACCUUUACCCUUGCAAGAACUUCAUAGAACUUCCUCAAGAAAAUGCAAGCUUGUGUACUCUCCUCGGAGCGACAUUAUCACCAAGACAGGGCUAAGUCAACAUUCAAAACUGUCUGUUAUUUAUCAUUAUAUAUUUUUUACUAAUUUAUCACUUUCCUAUCGAUAUUUAUUCAGCGGUCACCUACUUGACAGAGAACAACUUCUGGGAAGUUUUGUCUGUGAAAAACUGUGAUUUGAAAGGGAAUAUGUGUUUUGAAGAAAUGAUGCAUUAAAUAUAAAAUCUAUUUUGAAACACGGAAUAAUGUAAUAAAAAAAUUAUAUAUGAUAUAAAAAUGGAUAAAGAGUUAAAUACUAUUGACUUAGAAAGUCUCUCUAUAGUGUUUUUGUAUUGUGAUGAAAUGGUCAACAUUGAAAUGUGCUCUUGUAAAAUUGAUGCAAAUAAACAUUAUAGUUAUAAGUAAA